UUGUUAAUAUAUUAAUACUAGUUACGAAGAUCACAAAAUCUUAUAGGAAAGUGGUUAAUUAGGAAACUGAGACCAAAUUAAAGAGAAUCAAUGCAAUGGGAGUCGAUAAACAUUUGAAUGCUGACAGACAUAUUGGUGGUAAUUAAAAAAAAUGAGAUAGGUGUCAUUUUCCAGAUACACAAGUUUGCAAUAACAAUGUGCAACUGCGCCAAAGUCGAAUCUCAUCAUAAGAUAAUAACUGUACCUGUUGUAUGGGUAUUGGGUGGACCUGGCUGCGGAAAAGGUACGCAAUGCAAUAUGAUCAAAAAGAAGUACGGAUUUGUUCACAUGUCUUCGGGAGAUCUUUUGAGAGCGGAGGCAGCGACUGGAUCAGAACGUGGUAAAUACAUAGAGGUAUUCGUACUGAAAGGUGAACUGGUGCCGACUCCGAUCGUGCUGAAGUUGCUAAGGGAAGCGAUAGACCAGUUCGACGAUCCUAAGGGUUUCUUAAUUGACGGAUAUCCUCGUCAGUAUGAGCAAGGUGUGCUCUUUGAGAGAGACGUCCAUAAAGUGAACAUGGUUCUGUAUUUCGAAGCCUCGGAUGAAGUUCUUACAGACCGGAUGUUGACAAGAGGUCAGCUGACUGGUAGAGCUGACGAUAAUAUAGAUGCCAUAAAGGUUCGAUUGCAACUGUUUCAUGAAUACGAGCAGGCGAUUACGGACAAUUACGCGGAUCGGAUUAAAAGAGUGAGCGCAGAGCAAUCACCUGACGAUAUUUUCGCUGAAGUUGUGCAGCAUAUGGAUGAACUUAUGCAGACGGUCUGAUUAACUUACACGUGACAACUAUAGAAGAACGUGUAAUGAUGAAAAACAAUAUGUUUCAAGAAUGGUGCACCUUUAU